GUAAUGAUCUAUGGCACUAAGCUGUCGGUCUCCACUGGUGUCGUGGGCAGACGGCAGAGUGGAUGCGCUUGUAGGGGAGACAUUAGUCAAUCAAGACGGCGGCCUGUAGAGCGAGACCCAGAAUGGCACCCAACGCCCUGUCACUGGAGUCUCUCUCCGAUGGUCGAUCCAUGGGACGCCACAAUGUGCUUUUUUCGACUUGGCUGGUACGGACUCGGCAAUAUCCCUCGUACGGUACCGUUGAUUCGGCUAGAUUGGCUCCACCAAAGAGGAGGGAAGUUCAAAACACAAAAUGCCCGUUUCAACCUUCUGGCUCGUUGACCGCAAGCAAAGUCCCCGGGGUGCUGCAAAAUAAGACCAGGAUCAAUAGCCACAUGGAGAACGCCGGGUGGCUUUCUCAAUCUGGCUUAGAUAAUGUUGAAGAAUGUUCUUCCACGGGUUUCAAAUUGAUGGGACUCGGCCACGACCGUGCUGGUGUGGAUAGUGUCGGUGGAGGCACACAAUCCUGA